AUGUCUCGGCAGUCGCAUGGACCAAGCCUUGACCGGCUGUCCCAACUGCCCAGCGAGCUUUUAGUCGCCAUCUUCGAGCAGUGCGCCGACUUUUCCUCGGUGUGGAGUCUCAUGCGCACAUCGAAACUGAUGUUCUCUGUGUUUAAUGAUCGAGCCUGUGAAAUUGUUUCUGAAGUCAUGCUCUUAGCUGUGCCUGUCCAGGCUCAGAUCGUCAUGCAGGGAAUCCUCGCCGUGCAGGUGGGCGCUUUUUCUCAGUGGGAAACAUAUAGCGACGUCAUCCAUUAUCUCAUGAGCAGUGACAUCCGACCUGCAAAUAGGAUUAUAGCAUCGUCGGCACAGCUGCGCAAGUUUGUCUAUCUCUCCCACUAUAUUCAUGCCCUAGCACAUCUAUGUAUCGAACGAAUGAUCCAGCGAUGUCUUGAGAGUCCAUUAGGCCAACGACAGUAUCCCCCAGGCUUUAGGCAUCCCACAUGGACAGAGGAGCAACGGACUGUUCUUGCAUUAUGGCGCCUAUUAUUCUGGAAUCAACUCAAGAUUGAAGGUGCAAAGGGAUCUCUGGGAUGGUCCAUGGAUCACCUAGAACGACUGGCCCGGAGCGAUCUCCAUGAUCAUUAUCACUACAAUGCUCAGGUCUUGCAGGGUUUUGCAGCUUUGGGUUUCAUUGCUGAGAUCUCACUGGCGGAAAGGUCCUUUGACCUCUCCGAGAGUCCGGCUCGAGAUCCCUUUCCACUGCCAAGAAUCCCUAGUGAGUUUGACUGGCUAGAGUUUGACUGGGUUUGCGAGCCUCCUCCUUCAUCAAAGGAUCGGACAUUUGAAUAUUGUGAAUAUGACUUGAAUGUGAUGUUCCCCCUACAACAAUCAGGGCACACUCAGCAGAGAGAUGAGUCUAGCCCAGAGGCAGCCCAAGACUCUGUCCAUGAUCUCAGUGGGCGAUCCAGUCUUGAACACAGUCCUGAACACAGCCGCGAGUCUCCGUCUCAGCCUCAUCUGGACUUGAAAGGUGAAGCUGUACAGCCAUCUAGGCGACCACCAGCUCGAUUUUUCUACGGGACACCCUCCGAGGACGAAUCGUCUAACGACAAUGAAUGGAACACCACUGAGGACUUCCAGGAGGACACUGAAAAUGAAGAGUCAAGCUCGGGCUCGAGCUCUGAUUCAAGCGAGGAUGGCCCUAGAAUCAUCCGAGGCUGCCGCAUGGCCUACACCCCCUCUCCUUCAGAUGAAUUUUAUAACCAGGGCCGACCGCACUCUGUGCCUCGCCCUGUUCGUGAUUAUGGGCCCCAGUCCCUCUGGGGCCCGGAGUGGGAAGACCUUGGCCGAGAACCGCUCGGUAUCCAAUUCUGGCGCAGUAUGAGUGGGGAUCUCCCGGCCGGACCGGCCAAGUAUAUGCAGUUCCAACCGUAUGCUCGCUAUGGAUUCGCAUUCUGGGAGGAGCGGCGGAUGAUGCAGCUAGGACUAUGGUCGCACCAGGCCCUUAACGAUCCAGUCGAGUACUACCAGCGAUGGUAUACCUUUCUGAGUCAAGAGGAUAUUAAGCGCUUGGAGACGAACUUUGGAUAUAUAUCUGAUGAUGAUGACUACGAAUGA